AUGCAGCCUAAGGAAACCAUUCAAGAGAUGCUAAGUUGCUUUACUAACAUCAUAAAUGAGUUGGUUUCCCUUGGUAGACAGAUUCCUACAGAUGAGCAGGUUAGGAAGGUUCUUAGAAGUCUUCCACAAGAUGAGAGAUGGAGAGCUAAGGUGACAGCCCUUCAGGAAACGAAGGACUUUACAAAGUUCAAUAUUAAACAACUAGCAGGUUCUCUCAUGACUCAUGAACUACACCUUGAAGUCAACAAUGAACCCAUGAGGAACAAGGGAUUGUCUCUUAAGGCCGAUGAGGAGGAAGACUCAGAAGUGGACGAGGAUGAGGCUGCCCUAAUUGUGCGAAGAUUCAAAAAGAUGUUCAAGAAAAGCCAAACCUCAAGGAACUUCGAGAAAAAGACCUCAAAUCCAAAGCCUGACUACAGCUUCCACAAGUGUGGAUCUCCAGAUCACUUUAUCAGAGGCUGUCCCCUUUGGGAAAAUGAUAAAGGGAAAGGAAAGGCUAAGGAACAGGGAAGAGAAAAAUUCAGCAAAGCAAACUAUCAAAACUCAGACAUGAGGAAGGCCAUGAUAGCAGCCUGGGGAGACUCAGAAAGUGAAGAAGAAGAUGAAGAUCAACCAGAAGAGGAGACAGCCAAUCUUUGUUUGAUGGCCAAAUCAGAUGAUGAAAAGGCUUACCUUGAGGAACUCCAGAAAGAGGUAUUUCUUGAUCCUAAACAGCUCAAAACUCUCUCUAAAGAUGUCUUGAUAGAUAUAUGUCUAGAAGAAGAAGAAUUCUUUAGAGAUACAUGUGUGAAGUUGAAUAAAUGUGAAAAAGCUCUUAAGGUUUGCAAAGAACAUGGUGCUUGGUUGGAAACAGCCUAUGCCAAGUCUCAAAGCAAACUAAGAGAACUUGAUUUUAAAUACAAACACAUAACUGAGAUAGCUGAUAGAAUUAAGAAUGAAAGUAUUCUUCUGAAUGUUGAACUAACUCAAUAUAAGCUCAUAAAUUCUGAUAUCAGUUCUAGCAAUUCCUCAAGCGAUCAGUUGCUUAAAUUCAAUGUUGAUUUUGAAAAUUUGAAAAAUGAGCUUUCUACUUUAAAAACCCAAAAGGAUCAACUUGAAUCGGAAUUGAAUGCUAGAAAGGAUAGAAGUAUUGACCCAAAAGUCAUACCUAAGUGGAUAGCUGAAGCUCAAGGAAAAAGAACUGAAGGCCUUGGUUAUAUGACCAAGAGGAGAGGUAAGCAAAGGAAAUAUGUUGAGCUUCCUAGCAUGAAGGUGAUAAAUCAAAAUGGAGGAACAAUAACCUUUGGGGAUAAUAAGAAGGGCAAGAUCAUUGGAAAAGGCAAAAUUGGAAAAUCUAAAUCUCAUUCCAUUGAUAAUGUGUUCCUGGUCGAGGGCUUAAUGCACAAUUUGCUCAGUAUAUCACAAUUCUGUGAUAAAGGAAACUCUGUAAGUUUUACUUCUGAUUCUUGCAACAUCAUCAACAACAAGUCAGGAAAGGUUGUUCUAGAAGGUACAAGAAGAGGGAACACUUAUACAGUUGACCUCAACUUAAUCCCAAGGAACAGCCUUACAUGUCUGAGUGUUGUUGAAGAUGAUCCCCUGCUAUGGCAUAAACGUUUUGGACAUGCUAGAUUUUCAUUACUGGACAAGUUGAGGUCAAGGAACUUGGUUGUAGGACUUCCUAUUAUCAAGUUCCUACAGAACAAAGUUUGUGAUGCAUGUGUGAAAGGCAAGCAUGUUCGCUCAUCUUUUAAAUUGAAGAAAAUGAAAAUACAGAAAAUCAGUGGUCACUCCAUAGUCCAUCUCAGAUCAGAUCACGGAACUGAAUUUGAGAACUCAAGAUUCGAUGAGUUUUGCAGGGAAAAUGGCAUGAAUCAUAACUUCUCAGCUCCAAGGACUCCCCAACAAAAUGGAGUUGUAAAAAGAAAUAAUCGAACCCUUGAGGAAAUGGCUAGAACGAUGUUCAUUGCAAGUGGAUUGCCAAGGAAAUUCUGGGCUGAAGCCGUGAAUACAGCAUGUUACAUCCUUAACCGGGUAACAAUCAGAAGUAUCAUCAACAAGACUCCCUAUGAACUAUUCAGGGGAAGGAAGCCAAACAUAUCUCAUCUUAGAGCCUUUGGUUGUAAGUGCUUUGUACAUAACAAUGGUAAGAAAAACCUAGGGAAAUUUGAUGAAAGAAGUGAAGAGGCCAUAUUUCUAGGAUAUGCCAUUGAUAGCAAAGCUUAUAGAGUUUACAAUAAAAGCUCAAUGUGUGUUGAGGAAAGCAUUCAUAUAAUCUUUGAUGAAGUUAACCAAUUUGUGAGUGUGCAGGAACAAGAAGAUGAUAAUGAUUUUGAAAUUGGAUUGAUAAGAGACAGGGAUGAAGAAGAGACUCAAAAGCAAACCAAGGAAAAGCAGCCUGCUCUAGAAGAGGAACAUCAAGAAAAUGGAGAGGUUCCUCAACCAAAUGAACAGGUGAAUGAGGAACAAGCAGAAGAAGCAGAAGGAACAGAACCAGAAGCUCCUCAAAUUGGAGUUCCAGCAAGGGAAUUUCAACCCAGGCCAUUCAAGUAUCAAGGUUCCCAUCCAACUGAUCUAAUUAUCAGUGAUGUAGGAAAAGGAACUCAAACAACAUCACAAAUGAGGAACUACUGCGUAUUCCAUGCAUUUCUGUUCAUUCUAGAGCCAAGAAAUCAUCAAGAAGCCUUGGGAGAUGCUGAUUGGAUAGUGGCCAUGCAAGAGGAACUCAAUGAGUUCGAAAGGAACAAAGUCUGGCACCUUGAGCCAAAGCCUAAGGGAAAGAAAGUAAUUGGGCUCAAAUGGAUGUUCAGGAACAAGCUUGAUGAACAUGGCACCAUACUAGAUUAG